UCCGCCAAACAAAACCCGUCCAUAGCAAAACCUCAGGUUCGGAUCCGAAGCAAAAGGACGUUCGGACUACCUUAUCUAUUAUCCCUUCCUCACUUUGACUGAACUCGACUCACUGUUGACCAACCGGAGAAUCAACGCAAACGAAUGUGAACUCAUCUGGAGCUGGAAGGAUUUUCGGAACUGUUGCGAACAUUGUUAACUGUUUUGUUAUGAAAUUCUUGACUGGUGUCUUUUAAAGAAUGUGAACUCAUCCGGAGCUGCAAGGAUUGUGAGAAUUGCUCUGAAAAUUCUUCACUGGCUUGUUAUGAAAUUCUUGACUGGUGUGCUUUAAAGAAUGUAAACCCAUCUGGAGCUGGAAGGGUCUCACAUGCCAUUAUGGAAGCCAUUGGCUCUUGUAGGAUACAAAGAAAUUAGCAAUAUGGAAUACACGGAAUUCUUAGCUAAUCUGGAAAUCAUUUCAAUAGUCUGUUUGAUGUUGAGGGCAGUUCUCAUAACUGAUGCUAAAGCUCUGUUGAACCUCAAAACACCUAAAUUUCCCAAUGGAAGGAAUCCUAAUUGGUCUCUGAAGUACCCCAACAAGAUAACCAAAGUGACUCAUUAGAUUCAUAAGCCUCGUUGAAGGCGACCACCGGAGCAUCUCCGGUCAAGUUUGGUGCAACAUCAAACGUUAAUCUUUCUCUAAGUUGGCAUCUGUACAUAGAAUGUAGCAGUCUUUGAUCUUGUGUUCUUCUUGUGUUUGUCUCUCGUGUGUAAAUUCGGAAGAAGUUCAUAUUGGUCUUCCAAGUUUAUCUCUACUAAUUAUCCUUAGUUCUUAAAGGCCUGAAUGCUGAAUCCUAUCUGUGAAACUACAUGUCUUGUUGGGAACUUAUAAUUUUUGUAAUCAUGUUAUAAAUUUAAAUCAGAAUCUUUCUGCUGAAACAAGCAAGAUUCUUUCUCAAGAUUAUGACUUAUUUGGUAGAAGGUAAAGGGUUCAUUAUUAUAUCUCUUGUCAUGAUAAUUAUAUGAUUUUUUUAAAAAAUUAUUUGAGCUCCAAUAUGAAUAUAGUAAAAUUUUAUUUUAUAAUCACAAUACAAAUAUAGGUAAUUGAUUUAUAUUAUUAAAACUAAAAUAGUAGAGAAGCACCAUGAUUUGGUCUCCUCUCUCUCUCUCUCUAUAUAUAUAUAUAUAUGUCUCUCUCUCUCUCUCUAUAUGUCUCUCUCUCUCUCUAUAUGUCUCUCUCUCUCUCACGAGACCAAGACUCCUAACAGCUAAGACUCCACACAUAAAUAAAUGACAAAUGUAAAGAGAAAAAGCUCCAUUGGUCCCCCAUUUGUUUCUUUUUUCACGAGCCAGCUACAUUUUUUUCAAAGUAGCCGUUACUCCUCUCACUACCCAUUUAAAUAUACCCACCGAUAAUAUAAUAUGUAUAUAUUUUUAUAUAUAAACUAACAAACAAUUUUCUUUCUUUAUUCCUCUUCUCCUUAAACAACGCUCCUCUCUCUCUCUCUUUCUGGUAACAUCUAUAAGUUUCCCUACAAAAGAAUCCAAGAACAUGGUCUUGACAAUGUCUGCUUCUCUGCCAGAACCAACUCUCUCCACCCCAUUGUUGUCCUCUCCAGAAACAAGUUCAAGAACCAGUAGUAGCCGCAGUGAAGAAGACCGAUACAAACCCAUCACUCCAUUUGAGUUACUAGAUAUCAAGUCCCAAUUUUCUUCCCUAACCUUAUCUGGGUUCCACUCGUACCGAUCCCUCGCAGUCCUUUCCGGCCACAUCGGCUCAGUUUCCUGCUUGGCAUUAUGUGGGGAAUUCAUACUGAGUGCAUCACAAGGCAAAGACAUCAUAGUCUGGCAACAGCCAGAUUUGAGAAUGUUCACAAAGUUUGGUCAAGGAGAUGGAUCUGUAAAAGCCCUUGUAACUGCUGGUAAUAAGGUCUUCACUGCACAUCAAGAUAGUAGAAUUAGGGUAUGGAAAGUUUCACGAAAGUCAGAGAAUGUGUUUAGGCUUGUUGAUACACUUCCUACUACUAAGGAUUAUUUAGGGAAGUUUAUGAAACAGAGGAAUUAUGUUCAAACAAGGCGGAAUCACAAGAGAUUAUGGAUUGAACACGCGGAUAGUAUUUCGUGUUUAACAGUUUACAAAGGACUGAUUUACUCUGGUUCUUGGGAUAAGACUCUUAAGGUGUGGAGAAUAUCAGAUUUGAAGUGCUUGGAAUCGAUUAAAGCUCAUGACGACGCAGUCAAUGGAUUGGUAGCUUGUAAGGGGAUAAUUUACUCAGCAUCUGCAGAUGGAAAGAUCAAAGCUUGGGGAAAACAAGGGAAUAAAUCAAGCUCAUCGAGCUCAUCAAGCUCACAUUCAUUGAAAGGUAUCUUGGAAGGACACAAAGAUAUUUCAUUGAAUUCUGUGGUUGUUUCAGAAGAUGGGAAAUGGGUCUAUGGAGGAGGAUCAGAUGGGUUUGUGAUGGGUUGGGAGGAAGUCAUGAAUGGUGAAUAUUUGAGUUGGAAAUUGGUUUGUGAGAUCAAAUCACACCAGAUGGCUGUUCUUUGUAUGUGUUUGGUUGGAGAGAAUUUGUGCAGUGGAUCAGCUGAUAAGACAAUUGGGAUAUGGAAGAGAGAUUUUGAAGGUAAGAUUUUCAAAAUUGGAGUUAUAAAUGGACAUGAAGCUCCUGUCAAGUGUUUACAGGCAUCGAAUGAUAAUGUUGGUGGUGGGUUCUUGCUGUAUAGUGGAGGUCUUGAUAAAAGUCUGAGAGUCUGGUGGGUUUCCAAACACAGAAAUUCUGCACAAGAAAAUAAAGAAGAAAACUCAAUUGUCUUGGCUUAAAAGGAUUAUUCUUCAUGGUUUUGAUACAGGAGGGUGAAGCACUGAUUCCUUUUUAAUGUGUUUGCAGUGCUUUUGUGGUCAUUUUUUUUUUUUUGAGUUUUGAUUCAGGUUUUUGAGGAUGAGAGGAACAAUUGUAGUUUGGAAAUACUGGUUUGGGUUUUGGGUUUGAGUUAUAUCAGUGUAUUUAUAUAUAUACACACACACACACACAUUUAUGUAGUGAUUGUAUUCAAGAUUUGAUUGUGGGGAGGUGGGGAAAUGGGAGAGAAAUUUAGGGGAAAACAGGGGAUAUAU